UUUUUUCAGAUUAAACUUGGCGAUCUUCUUGGCGAAGGCCAGUUUGGUGUUGUGUACAAGGGGUUUUGGACUGGAGGUUUAAUCAGCGGUGACCCUUUACAGGUAGCCAUAAAAUCCGUUAGACCUGAUGCCACUAAUGCUGACCGAGCCAGCCUUGAAGAAGAAGUUAGGACAGUAGCGUCUUUCGAUCAUCCACAUGUGGUCAGAUUGCUGGGUGUCUCCUAUCUGAGUGGCCGGCUGUCAGCAGUUUUUGAAUAUAUGGUUAAUGGCGAUUUGCAUGAGUUCUUACGAAUUCGUGCUCCUUCACAUCCAGAUCAUAAUCCAGCUGAUGAUACUGCGGACUUUAUGAGUAUAGCAACUCAGGACUUAUCUCCUCAUAGAUUUGAGUGA